CCCACACGAUCACAGCUGAGUCAAACGAAGGUAGUGUGGUUACGUGCCUGUGAUGUGACACUACGUUUUGAGUUUAAUUUCUAUUUUAAAAAAGGAUAUACGAUGAAGUGAGAAUGGCAAAACGACCGGGGACUGACGACGGGAUGCUGCCUUCACCCACAAUUCCCGGGGAUUUCGCGGUGGAUUUUAACACCGAGGACCUGAGCAUGGGCUGCGGUGACGGAGUCGAGGAGGUCUCGCUGGAUGAGAUCUUGAGCCUCUACAGUCAGCCCAUAAACGAGGAGCAAGCGUGGGCUGUGUGCUAUCAAUGCUGUCGGACAUUAGCGCAAAAACACCGGCGGAAAAGCUUCAAGUCCAACGGUGCAACACCUGAAGACUUCCCGCGGAGGAUCGAGGGACCCGCGGAUGUGGCAAUUGGGAGAGACGGGACUAUCAAAUUAGUGUAUAAAAGCGUUUCAGAUAAAUACAGACCGCCGCCUACGUCAUUACAGGUGAUUGACUCUCUGGGCAUCAUGAUCUACAAAGCUCUGGACUAUGGCCUGAAGGAGAACGAAGAGCGUGAACUGAGCCCACCCCUUGAGCGACUUAUCGACAUGAUGACCAACACAGAGGAGACGGAGAGUGACUCCUGUCCUGACGAAGGCUACGAGGCUACAGAAGAGGAAGAGGAGGAGAGAGAGGAGGAAGAGCCAGUAUCUGUGACUGGGGCCAGUACUGUGAACCGGAUACAAAGCUAUAAAGACAUUCUCAAGAUUUGUUCCUCCCACCUCCCGAGCCCCUCAGAUGCACCCAACCACUACCAGGCUGUGUGUCGUGCCCUUUAUGCAGAGACCAGAGAACUGCACACGUUUCUGCUGAAAAUAAAGAAUGCCAAGGAGAACCUGGAGAAAAUGGAGGGUGAGACUCGUGAAGAGGCAGAACAAGAACUCAACGAGCUGCAAAAUUCAGACUGGGCUCGAUUCUGGGUCCAGGUGAUGAGAGAUCUCCGACAUGGUGUCAAGUUAAAGAAAGUACAAGAGCGACAAUACAACCCACUGCCCAUAGAGUACCAGCUAACCCCCUAUGAAAUGCUCAUGGAUGAUAUUCGCUCCAAACGAUACAAGUUAAGAAAAGUCAUGGUUAAUGGAGACAUCCCACCGCGGUUAAAGAAGAGUGCUCACGAGAUGAUCCUUGAGUUUAUCAGAUCACGGCCUCCUCUCAACCCGGUGGCGGCCCGUAAACUGAAGCCCCACCCGCCUCGCCCCCGCAGCCUACACGAGCGUCUCCUGGAGGACAUUAAAGCCGAGAGGAAGCUCAGACCUGUCUCACCUGACAUGAUCCGUAGACAUCGUUUGGGUGCAGGGAAGAGCAUCAGCACUCCUCAAGAUUUGUGUCGCAGCUCAGACACCCCGGACAGUCAUAGGAAGAUGGCUGGCAGUACACAGUCUCUGACGAGUGGCACCCCAACUCCAAACCAGGGCGCAGUCCAACCACUGUCCCAGAGAAAGAGGCUCCUCAAGGCACCCACCCUGGCAGAACUGGACAGCUCUGAAUCUGAGGAGGAGACAUCAAAGAGUAGCUCCAGUAUAGUGGAGGAAAAACUUGCAGCAAUCGCAGAGAAGAAGCCUCCCCCCAAAUUUCUUCCAGUUUCUGCGACCCCACAGCCAGACAAGCGCCAACCGUCUCCACAGAGGAGGCAUUCAAUAGAGAAAGAGGCCCCCACAAGCGUACGCCCCUUCAUACCGCCAUCCAGACAGAGCUCCAAGUCUUUGGUGAAGGGUGCUGGCGCAGCUCAGGGCACGGAGGAGUUUUGUUAUCCAGUUGAGUGCCUGGCUCUCACAGUGGAGGAGGUCAUGCACAUCCGCCAGGUUUUGGUCAAAGCAGAGCUAGAGAAAUUUCAGCAAUACAAAGACGUCUACAAUGCACUCAAGAAAGGAAAGCUUUGCUUUUCAUGUCGGAUAAAGAGGUUUUCACUCUUUACGUGGUCAUACACGUGUCAAUUCUGCAAAAGACCUGUGUGCUCUCAGUGCAGUAAAAAGAUGCGACUUCCCUCUAAACCUUAUUCCACGUUGCCCAUUUACUCUUUGGGUCCGAGCUCUAUGGCCAAAGAGGAGGGCUUGACUACAAUCCCUGAUGCUGACAAACAGCCUUUUGGACAGCACCGCCACAGUCUGCGCCGAAGUGUUCACAAGUUGUCCAAGCACACCAGCAAAGAUGGCAAGCCACAGGAAGAUCUGGAGCUUCCCAAGGAGCUGACAGAGGACUGGGUGACGAUGGAGGUGUGUGUAGACUGUAAAAAGUUCAUCACAGAAAUCAUCUCCUCAAGCAAACGUAGUCUCAGCGUGGCCACCAGGCGAGCUCGGAUCAACCGCAAAACCCAGUCGUUUUACUUGUCAUCAUCGGCAUCUGCCAACUUCAGACCGAUGGAGCGAACCAUCAACGAGGUAUAAACGAAACGGACAUAAAUGGCCAAUGUUUUCAAACAGACAUCAGCAUGAAGACAAUAGAUCCCACUUUGCUUGUAAAAGGUUGUAGCACCUUACCCUUCCUCUCUCAGGAAAUGUUGGCACGCUAAUCGAAAGUUGUCAUGAAGCGGAGUGGCCAGGACUUUUGAAUUAGCUGCCGAACGACUAAGGAGAGCCAUGUAUUUGUAAUAGCAGUGAUUAGUCAGGAAAAACUAUUGUGUAAACAGGCACAUGUUUCUACAUUUGAAUAUAGUGGAAAACUACAUUUAUUUCUAUAGUUCAAUACAAAGAGCACAUUAACAAAAUACUGUUAUCCACGAAGUAUGUAGUACAAUGAGCUUAUGGUCUGAUGGUGCUUAGGCCUGUCAUGAUGACCAGUUUUGAAGCAUGAUGUAUUGCUACAAACAUAUAUAACGAUAAACGAUACUUUUGAAACUAUAUUAUGCCACUGACACAAUUUAAAUAAAGCCGGAUAAUCCCAAUAAACCAUUUUUUAAGUAAACAGUAUCAUUAAAAGAUGACUGAUGAAUGAAGAGGCAGAAUCAAAUAGCUGAUGAACAGAUAAUUAGCUAUAGCAGUUAUUUAUUCAACCCUCUACAGCUUAACUCAUGUCAUAUUCCAACUAAAAUGACAAAAAUUUCCCCAUUAUUACAAAGAAAAUGUAUAGGCAAUAUAUAUUGAGCCCCCAAAAUAUUGUUCUAGCUAUUAUUUAUUGAAGAUAAUUAUCAUGACAGGCCUAAUGGAGCUUAUGGUCUAUUAGCAUAAAAACACCAAGUAUUAUUUAUUUUCACUGGCAUUUAGCAAAUGUUUAGAAUAUAUAGUUAUUUAUGAACUAUUGACAGUUAAUUUAGUCCACAAUAUUCACAUGUUCUUACAUGUGCCUGUAAGGUCAAAGGUACAGUAUACUCAAUGAAAGCCAAAUUUUGGGUGAAGUGUAGAUAGUUAUAAAGGCGCAUUCCCUAAUAUUAGCUAUAAAUGUUCCUAUUCCUGUUUACUGAGCACUCAGGAAAUAUAAGUAAUAUAAGUGAUUGUGUUUUGACAGAGAUGCACUGUAGAGACUCCUGUUGGGUCUGCCACUCCUCUCACUCUUCCAGCAACAAUUAAUAUGCCAAAUGUUACUUGAUUCAUUUUGUAGUUCAUCUCACAAAUGCUAUUUUUUCCACUGUUAAUGGGGUGAAAUUGUGAGCAGUGACAGGAUUAUAUUUUUCAGCCUGGGGUAAAGAGGGGUUUUAAAAUUAUGUAAAUUUCAAUUCUGUGCCUGGUGCCAAAAUGUAAUGUGUUUUUGAAUGCCUUGUUGAACUGCUGUACAUAUGUGUCAUUGAAACAAAGCAGGUGAUGUAUAUGAGAUGAUGCCUUUUUAUUAGAAGCACAGAAAUGGUGUACAUUAUAUUUAAGAAUAGGCACACAUUUAUUGAAAUGAAAGUACAUUAUAAUUUAGAUUUUAUUAUGUUCAAGCUUAGAGUUUCAGUCUUAUCUCCAUUUUCAUUAUUUAGUUAUAUACUUAUUGUUAAUAAAAUAUGUAUUUUAUGUAUAGUUUAAUAUAUUUCAGUCAGUGUUAACGUUUUAGCACAUUUAUUGGGCCAAUGAACUGUUUAUUUCUUUAUAAUUUAGAU